GGCUCCAAAAGAGCAGCAGCAACAACAAGAAGGCAGGAGUUCAAAGUUAGCAACGAGUUGCACAACUUCUACGCUGGGUGACUAUUAACAAGCCGGAGUAGCAGCGGCAGGGAGACAGGAGGAGGAAUACUCCAGCCAGCCUGGCACUCGGGACGAUUGAUGUUGCCCUUCUGCCUUUGGGACUUAGCAUGGCUCCGUUUGGAAGGAAUCUCUUAAAGACCCGCCACAAAAAUAGUUCUAGAUCAUCUGUGAAAGAGAUGGGUUCCAGCGAGCGAGAAAUUGUGGUCUGGGUUUGCCAGGAAGAGAAAAUUGUUAGUGGACUGACAAAGCGCACAACUUGCAUUCAAGUCAUUGAAGCUCUGCUUGAAGAACAUCAAGUCACCUUUGCAGAAAAGAGGUUUCUCUUUGGACAGCCCAAGGAUUACUGCAUUAUAGAAAAAUGGAGAGGUUCUGAGCGCGUCCUUCCUCCACUCACAAAAAUGCUGAGACUUUGGAAAGCCUGGGGAGAGGAGCAACCUAAUUUGCAUUUUGUCUUGGUCAAGGCAGAUGCUUUCCUACCCUUCCCAUUGUGGAGGACAGCUGAAGCCAAGGUAGUUCCAAACCUAGAGAGACAAUGGGAUAUCAGCCCAGCAAAUUACAUGAAGAUGUUGCCAGUGGACAAGCAAAAGAAGAUUGUGAGAAAAACUUUCCAAAAGUUGGCAAAACUUAAACAGGAAGGAGUUCUGCAAGAGAAGGACAAUAUAGAGACCCUGAUCCACUUGAUCCUUUCUCAGGAUCACACCAUUCAUCAGCAAAUCAACAGAAUGAAGGAACUGGACUUGGAAAUCGAAAAGUGUGAAGCCAAAUUUCAUCUGAAUCGGGUCGAAAGUGAUGGAGAAAAUUAUGUACAGGAGUCUUACUUACUGGCUUCUUCUAGUAAAACUGAUCAGAAAACAGAUAUACCUCUUGGUCAUCUGCAGGUGCAGGAAAGCCCAUGCAAAACUGAGGGAAUUUUACAGGUGGAAGAAGGACUAAAGCACUGCAAGUUGCUAAUUGAAAAACUCUCUGCUGAAAUUGAACAAGAGGUUCAAGGGAUUGAAACAAAUGGAGACACAUGGACAGAGGAGCCAUCUGAGAGUGAAGUGGAAACUUCUGAUGUAGAACGUGUCAAGAAUGAGUUGGAGACAAGUAUGAAAGAUGCUUUAAGGAUCCACUCUCAGUUGAACUGCAUCCAACAGGAGCUAAAAUACAGGGAUUUGAUGCUUCAAAAGAAAGAAAAAGAGUAUGGAUUACUUGUGGAAGAGCUUAAUACGCUGCAUCCGAAAGACAAAACAGAUUGCCGGUACCCAUCUAGUGAAGAGCAAGCAAAGGGAAAUGAAAUUGCCACCAAAAGUUUCACUGGAACAGAUCUUAUCCUUAAAGUGACUAAUUUAGACAUCAAUGAUACAGACUCUGAUACUGGAAUCAGCUCCACUCACAGUCAAGACUCAGAAACAGCAUUGGGGGACAUCAUGUUGUUGUCCACAUAGUUGAAAACCAUUAUGGAUGUUACUAAGAAUGAUUUAAUAUCCAUGUGGUUGAGAGACAUUAGGAUGAUGCUGUUAAGGUGGUAUCUUUCAUUGGUCAACUUCUGAUGAGAGCUUCCAAGUUUAUUUUAUUUAUUUAUUAAAAUAUGUAUAUCCCGCCUUUCUAUCAGACCCUCAAGGUGACUUACAAUACAAAUUCAUAAAACAAUUUCCUUGUUUUAUUUAAAAUUUAAAGCAAUCAAACAACAGUUUAUAAUAGCAGUAAAUAAAACUGGAUUAGCACCAACAUUUCAAAAAAAGUGUAAUUCGAAGCAAAUACUACUACUACAAUGACAAAUAUUUAUAUACCACUUCAACCAAAGUUCUCAAAGCGGCUUACAUAGAAAAAUAAAUAACAUAUAAAUAAAAUUCCAGGGUUUCUUCUGGUGUAUUCCAUCUGAGAAUUUUCAAGAAUAGUCAAACAAGUUUCUGUAAAUCAAGUGAGGGAUGGAGGGCUUCUUCACAUCCCUAAAAUAAAAUUAAUUCAGACCAAAAGCUUUCUUUCUUUAAAACAAUGUUUUAACUGCUCAUUCCAAGUUAAGCAAUAAAGUAACAAUACAGACUUCCCUGUGUUGUGGGGAAGACAUCCAGAGUCUAGGUAUUAAAGUAAAAAAAGUCUCAUCUCAUGUCAAAUUUCAGGUGGUGAGGAGGGAAUCAACAAGGCCUCAGUUGCUAAAUAGAUUAUCCAAGCAGACAAAUACAGAACACCACAGUCCUUAAGAUAUUGUGGACCUAGACCAUUUAGGGCCUUAACAGGUAAGACCAGCACUUUAAAUUGAGCCUGUAAGCAAAGCUGUAGUCAGUGCAACUCUAAUAGCACUGGGGUGAUGUGAUCAGAACACUUCACGCCAGGCAACAUUCUGACAGUCUGGAACCAACUGAAACUUAUAAACCCUUUUGAAAGGAUGUCCCACAAAAAGCAUGUUGCAAUAAUUAAACCUGGACACAUCAAGAGAACACUUGAUCAUCAUACCAGUCUCUGAAAGUUAGGGAAGGAGAUCUGGCAAAAUUAUAUGUACAAAUAUUCAUAAUUUAGUCAUUUUAAUGUGGUCCAUGUUGAACAUUUUAAAUACAAUUAAAAGGGGGGGCGAUGAUGAGAAGCAAAAUCUGAAUCCAUUGACCACUUAAAGUUACCACCCAAUGUACUGUGUAUCUGUACUAGGUGUGCUGAGGAAAAUAACUUCUAACUAUAUACCAAUCCAGUGCCAUGCAGUACAUUUUAACACAUAUAGAAAUUAUGACCCUGUUCACUGUAUCAUCCAAAGGAGAAAUGUGGGUAUUUCCUUCCAUUAUAUGGCUCUAGAAAUCCUUCCCUGACAGGUAUGCAUAAUUAAGCUGCUGUAGCUAAGUCUAGGACUAGCACUGACAGUGAAAGUGGAAGAGGAAUUCUUUCCAGAACCACUUAAACCACUUAGUUUGUUAUCAGCAAAUGAAGUUUUGAGGAGUUACUGUAGCUUUGAGCUGUAGUAGCUCCUUUUAAGUAAUUUUGGUCAAUGGUUUGCAUUUGCAAAUUGGUGAUGCACAUUUUGCAGGACAGCUGUUUUUUUUAAUCAACAUCCAGUUGACAUAAUUCACAGGAGGGAGAACAAGGCUUACAUAACAUAAUAAAUGGGCUUUACUUUGCAGUGUCAUGGGACUGAAUAACUGUCUGAUGCCCAAGGUUCAAACUGUCACCACAAACAUUAUACAGAUGUAGUAAAUAUAUAGGUUUUAUGUGUGCAUUUCUGUGUUUGUGCAUAUAUAUAUCUCUAUAUAUACAUAUAUUAGCUAGGCAAGAAUCAGUUCAACCAACUCCUGGACUUAUAUUUUAGACCGGGCCUUUCAAACAUGUAAGCUCUCAGGCCUCAAGUACUAUGUCAGCUGUCUGUUCUAGCCCACCAAGGUAUUUCUCCCAUUACUGGUGGACUGUAGUAUAUAGCUGUCAUGGGCCCUGGGGGCACAUAUGUGAAGGGCCUGUUUUAGACCAGAAGGCAGUGUUUAGAAUGGACAAUUGAAGCAUGAUUUGUGCUUGUGUUUUAGAAAAUGUCUUUUUCCUUACUUUCUGACUUGUGUUUUUCCAAAACAUCAGUUGGCCGCUUUGUUUUCAAAAUGACUGGAAAAAGCUCUUAAAUGAUAUGGAAAAAUAUUCUGAACUCUUUAAACUAUACAUUCUGGAUCUUAUGAAGAUAUUUUGUAUAAAGAUCUGUCUGUUGACUG